AAAUUCCGUCGCACCAAUAGAAGCACUCAAAGCGGCGAUAAGAGCCGAAAGGGAAAAUAUAGCAUCUACUCUCGCCGAAGCAGUUAGAGCCGCCUCACGAAAUAAAGAUACCAGUGAUAACACGACCGACGAAACCACGAAGCCCGAAGGAUGCCGCAACGAGAUCCCAACGACAAUUCCUGACGAGACCCAGGACAAGAAACCUUAUGACACACCCCACCCGAUAGAGAAAACCGAACGACCAUGGGUAAAUGCGACCGACGCAAGCACAAAGACCGGAGAAUGCCACGAUGAAACCCCGAUGACCAUCGAUGAGGAGACGCCAAGAAGAGAGGACAAAAUACCAAGGACAAUAACGAAUGAACACCCAGAGAAGAUGACGACGACCGGCAAGAUUGUGAGAGAAAACACAAACGGUGAUGAAGCCCAAAUAGUCAAAAGAGAUUGGGAGGACGACGAUGUGAAAGAGACUGCGAAACCCACCUGUGAUGAAGCUCUGAUGAACGAAUACCCCGAAAUAACGACUACAGGGAAUGACGACACAAGGGAGGUGGUGAGUAAACCGGAAGAAGACGGCGGAUUAGCACAGGACGCGGAAAUGGAGCAUCCGCAAGAGAAAGCGAGGGACCGACCGGAAGACGUGCCGACAUCUGACAAGGCGGAAGGGAGUCUUGACGAGAAGAUGUGCCCCGAGCCGCAAAGAGAAGUUGACCACGUGGAAAGGGUUGGUGAAGCUGUUCAAAGGAUCGAUGCAACGAUCAGAAAUCAAGAGCUAACCCGUGACGAAGUAUCGGUUGCUCGCGACUGCGCGAAGCCAUGGGUGAAUGCUAGAACCACGAUGCCCGGAGUCAACGAGACGAGCAGCCACAGGACCGAAGCGGAGGACGAACCGGAAAAAGAUGAGAAGAAAGCAGUAAUAAACCACGAACGAAACGAAGAACGUUUCGAAGAAAGAGAAGAGCGAACGAAAUACGAGCCGCGACAACAUGCCGAUAGGAGCGUCCAAGAUGGAAGCGAUGGAUGCUUGGAAGAGACCACAUUCUU